AUGAAGGGAAACCAAGAUGUGAAGCUGCUUAACUUUUUAUUGAGUCCAGUUGGUCGAAGAGUUGAAUGGGCUCUAAAACUCAAAGGUGUUGAUUAUGAGUAUAUAGAAGAAGAUAUCUUCAACAAAAGCAAUCUCCUUUUGGAAUUGAACCCGGUUCAUAAGAAAGUUCCGGUUCUUGUUCAUGGCCAGAAAUCAAUUGCAGAAUCAUUGAUUAUUCUUGAAUACAUUGAUGAAACAUGGAAGCAAUAUCCUUUGCUGCCUCUCCAUCCUUAUGAAAAAUCCCGUGCUCGCUUUUGGGCUAAGUUAUCUGAUGAGAAGCUUGCGUUGGGAUCAUGGAGAGCAAUGGUGAGGAAAGGUGAAGAAGGGGAAAAGUAUCUAAAGGAAGCAAGAGAAGUAAUGGAGAAGUUAGAAGAGGAGAUAAAUGGAAAGAAAUUCUUUGGUGGGAACAACAUUGGGUACCUUGAUCUUGCUCUUGGAUGGAUCACUUGUUGGCUUCCAAUUUGGGAGGAAAUUGGGUCAAUGCAGGUACUUGACCCAUUAAAAUGUCCAUCCAUCUCUUCAUGGAAGAUCAAUUUUCUGAAUGAUCCUGUCAUUAAAGACAACUUGCCACCAAAGGAUAAAAUGAUUGUUUAUUGUCACCGUCGAAUAGAGGAGUUUUCUUCAACUCAUCAUGGUUAA